UACCGAACUCUAGCCUGGGUCCAGCUGAGGAGGAUGGGGUGCGCAACUACUACGCCAUGCUCUAUUCGCUACUUAUAUUGGCGAUUGUAUUCGGGAAUGUGCUAGUGUGUUUGGCAGUGGUCCGAGAGAAGUCGCUUCAAACCACGACCAAUUAUCUUGUGGUUAGUCUGGCUGUGGCUGAUCUGCUGGUGGCUUCACUCGUCAUGCCUUGGGCUGUCUAUUUAGAGGUGGUUGGUGGCUCUUGGCUCUUUAGCCGUUUGUAUUGCAAUAUUUUUGUGACGUUGGAUGUGAUGAUGUGUACAGCCAGCAUCCUCAACCUGUGUGCCAUCAGCAUCGACAGGUACACAGCCGUGGUGAUGCCUGUACUUUACAACACAACUGACAGUUCACGUAAAAGGGUGUCAGUCAUGAUAGCCACAGUGUGGAUCCUGGCUUUUGCUGUCUCCUGCCCUUUACUGUUUGGCUUCAACACUACAGAUGAUCCACUGGUGUGCUCCAUAUCGAACCCUGAUUUUGUCAUCUACUCAUCUGUAGUGUCAUUCUACCUUCCCUUCGUGGUGACUUUGCUGGUUUACGUGCGCAUCUACAUCUUCCUCAGGAAGAGGAGGAAGAGGAUAACGUUCCGGCAAGCCAGCAGUGAAGCUCCGCCAGGAUUCACACUGCCAACUGCAGAGACCUGUUUGCAAGAGGACGCUCGGAAAGACAGACAUGACCUGUCUCCCAUCCGGAUCAACGUGGUAAAUGAGAGCACAGAGAAGGUGGUUCAUCCCCGGCUGCUCCCAGGCUGCCUGUGGCGUAAACGACCCAAAACCGUCCCCGUUGAUAACUCCCUCCUUCCCCCGGUGGAAACGCCGAACUACUGCAGCAUUAGCCAGGCUUCCUUUGCGCGUACUGAACCCGAGCCCAACCGCGAGGAAGAGGCUGGGCAAGAAGAAGAGCAGGCGACUGUGAGGAGUAGCGAGGUGAAGGAGAUGUCUAACGGACGUGCUCGCACUUCAGUUCGGCCUGCUCGAGUUUCGCGGUGCAACAACCAGACCCGCUACAGGAACCGACAGUCCAGAGAGAAGAAAGCCACACAGAUGUUGGCUAUUGUACUGGGGGUCUUUCUCAUCUGCUGGUUGCCCUUCUUUGUGACUCACAUCUUGAACACUCACUGCAGGAAGUGUCACGUGCCACCUGAGCUGUACAGCGCCUUUACCUGGCUCGGCUAUGUCAACAGCGCACUCAAUCCGGUCAUUUACACCACUUUUAACAUUGAGUUUCGGCGAGCCUUCAUCAAAAUCCUGACCUGCUGAUCUGCUGUAAACUGUGUGCCAAAAUGUUAAAGACCUUUGAAAGCUGAUCAUAAUCUGGUCA